AUGUGCGUGUACAAGGAAGGCGUUGUUGUGCAGGGGCUCGUCAAGAUCAGCGGCCGCUGCAGGCCCAUCCACCAGAUCUUCAACUUCCACGAAGCCAGCGGGACGAUGGGCACGGGCGCCAACGUCGACGUCAUUGUGCCGCACACCAUCAACUCAUACAGCGACGGCGGCGACGCAGAAGCAGCUUCCCGCACCUCAUCGAGUGGGGCGCGGGCCAAGUUCGGGGACCUGUUUGUGAGCCCUGCGUCGCAGCUGCAGCAGUUCCUGGAGGACCCUGAGGGCUUCAUCUCGGGGCUGCAGACGAAGAUUGAGCAGCACGAGCGGAUUGGCGCCCUCGAACGCGGCGUGGACACGCUCAAGGCCAUCAAGGACCUCGCCGCACAGACGCAAAGACCAAGAGUGGAGAGCCCUUCUGGUCAGGUGACCAAGAGUGGAGAGCCCUUCUGGUCAGGCCACAAGAUCUUCCCCGAGGCGCUCGAGUUUGAUCCGCAGAAACCGUUGCACAAGGAGUUUCUGAUUGCCGCCACCAACCUCUACGCAUGCGUCUGCAAGGUGCACCCGACCAAGUACCCGAGCAAGGAGAACAAGCUCCACAUCAAGCGGCCUCCUGGCAGCUGUCCUUCUGCUUCUUCUGGGCAUGAAGGCUACUCCUACGUCAGCGUCAGCCCCGAUGGCCGCCUGCUGGUGGCUGAGUCGUUUGUGUGGGACAUGCACAGGCUGACAUGCAAGCAGCACGUGCCCGUCACAGCAACCGACAUGGUGUGGACCAAGGACGGCAGGCACCUCAUCUGCCCCUCUUAUUCCCGCGUGUACAUCUGCGGCCUCGGUGUCCGGGAGGCUGAACGCACCAUCAUCUUUGAGGAUCCUUUCCUUGGCGCUGAGCUUGCAUGCGCUGCCGCGUCCGGUGGCGUCAUCGAGAGGUGGCAGAAGCUUGGUCAGCCAUCGACCUUGCUUGCAGAGUGGAGGGCUGAUGCUGUCGAUAAUGACAAAGAGGUGGUGCAAGACAUGGAUGAAGAAGAAGCGAGCGGGGAAGUGGAGGCGGAAACGGCAAGCAAGGAGCGCGUGCAACCCAAAGAGGUCACGGGCGUUCGUGUCCCGCGCAUUGCAGCGUUUGCGGACCGCAGCCAAAAGUUUGUCUGCGCAUACGGAAACACAGUGCACUUCUACCUCAUUGAACACCGAAGCAUGACCAGCAGCAGCAGCAGCAGCAGCAGCAACAGCAGCAGCAGCAGCAGCAGCAGCAGCAGCAACAGCAGCAGCAGCAGUAGUGGUGUGAGCAGUGCGCUGACACGUGUUGUGGUGUUGGAUGACUUGUUUGUGGACGAGGCAGAGCCGAACGCCAACAUGACCGCCGCCACCAUGGCCACCCACCCAACUGAUGACAGCCUGCUGGCGAUUGACACUGCGCGAGGUGACGUGUUUGUGUGUGACGUCGCCAACCACAAUGUCCUCAGCAAGCUCAAAGUGAGCAGAAACGCUCCGGUCAAGUUUGGUGUCUUUGCCCGUCACAGCAGCGUCUUGUUGGUCAACUCUGUUGAGAGCGUGAUCAAGUGCGACUACAGCACCGAGCAGUUUGACCUGUGCCAUCUCCGCCCAACAACAGACCCCAGAUGCCGCCCCUACGUCAUUGUGCCCAUUGUUGUUCCACCAGCAACACCUCCCGCAGAUACGCAAAUGCUUGACGACUACGAUAUCACUACAUUGCCGUACCUGACAUCAUCUGCCAAGCAUUUUGACAUGGCAAAGAAGACGAUGGAGGCGGCUGCGUCGACUUCUUUUGUCCUGGACUGCCUAAUCCAUCUGGCAUAA